UAAAGUUUAGAGUGCCCUUGCAGCCCUUCCUUCCAAAAAGCUUUCCUUUUGUCAUCUGGGUUGGUUCUGUCUUUUUCUAUCAGGAAACGAACACAAAAGGGGUGAGACCAAAGGACGAAUGUGGCAGAAACAGCCCCACAAAUCUUCUUACAGAGAAUCCAUCAAAACCCUUGAAGCUGAUGUUCAACAUGCCAAUACCCUGGCGGCUGCUUUACCAACAGAUUACGAUGGAGAUUGUAUUCAGUUUAAGUUGUCUUACAGCACCUUUGCUCCCUUCUUGCUGUUUUUGAUAGAAUGGCUGGACUAUAGUUGUACAGAUAGUCUCCCAAGUUAUUUAGGCAUUCUUCACAUACUUGUAUAUAAGGUAUAUAUUGAUGGUAUGCCAACAAUGUCGUCACAAGAUAGGAAAGCUACUCUGAGGGAAUUUUAUGCUGUUGUGUAUCCUUCACUUCAGCAACUUGAAGGCUUUGUCAAUGUGUUGGUGCAAGACAAUAACAGUAGAACUCAAUUCCCUGAAGCUUUGGGUAUCGAGGCAAUAGAAGGGAAGAGGGAUUUAUCUGGUACUAACAACAUUGAGAGAGAUGAUGAAUGCGGGAUUUGUAUGGAAUGUUGCACCAAGAUUGUAUUACCCGAUUGUGGCCACUCCAUGUGCAACAGAUGCUUCCACGAAUGGAGUUUCCGGUCUGAAUCAUGUCCCUUUUGUCGAGGCUGUCUGAAGAGAGUAGGCUCCAGAGAUUUAUGGGUGUUGACUAGUCCCGAUGAUGUUAUCGACAUUAUUUCUCUGGCAAAGGAGAAUUUUAGGCUCUUCUAUACAUACAUUGAGAACUUGCCACUCAUGGUGCCUGAACCGCAUUUGUUUCUCUAUGAUUACCUGAUCUAGUCGAUGAAGAAUGGGUUCGGGUAUGAAACAAAUGCUCACCCAUUGUAUAUAUGGUCUCGGUAUUGGGCUGUUUUAAGCAGAUGUAUAUACAACUAACCGUCCUAGUAAAGAUAUCUAGAUUUACCUAAAUCCAACUCAGUUUUUUGGAACCUGAGUGUUGGAUUGGAAAAUGCAUGUAAGUUGAGAUGCUUGUUAUGGAAUAUGUACGAUUGAUCAUGAAUCAAACUCUUAAUUUGUGGAGAACCUAAUAUCCUCUGCAUUCU